UGGAGCCACGGUGCAGCAGGAGAACCGCACCGCGGCACCCAGCGACUGAGCAGGGAACGGACGCCGAAAAGCCGAGGUUACCUUGGUCUAAAUACACGGCCAUGAAAGGGGGUGCUUCACGCUGCCGACCAACUUCAAUAAUGGGACAUUGUAUGGGGGUUUUUCUGUCGGAAUACCGGUUUUUCUUGUGAACUUCAGCCGUGCCGUUUGUGAAGGAACACGUCUGGACUGACAGAACCGAAUGGAUGGAAAACAGCGGGACUAGACUCAUUGUGUAAACCAGACACUUGGGUGAAUAACCACGCAGAAAACUCAACAUUUCCUCACCGAAUGUAGCAGUACUUCACAGAGCCACGUCGCUUUUAAGCCAGUCAAUGUUCUGCCCCGCGACAUUCCAGUAGUGGUGUGUUUUUUUUUAUAAUUGUUUUGCUGCAUAGGGCUGCACUUUGACGGGAAUCAUGGGAGAAGUUCAGGACGUCAAGGAUGCCAAGAAGGUCUUCGUUGCUCCAGCAAUAAAGUCUUUUGAGCACUACGACUUUCCCAGAGCCAAAAUCUGUUGCAGCCUCUCGUGGCUGGUGGCCAAAGCGUACGGGACAGACAGCAUCCCAGCAGAUUUGAAGGACCCCUUUUACACUGACCAGUAUGAACAGGAGCACCUGAAGCCCCCACUGGCCAGCCUCCUGCUCUCUGCAGACCUCUACUGCAGAGCCGGCGACCUUAUCUUAAAAAGCGAUCCCACUAAGCCCCUUCUGGGUCAUGAAGCUGUCAUCCAGGCGUUGGCUGAGCGGGGACUCUACGUCACGGACCAGGAACGCCUGGUCACCGAUCGGGACCUGCGGAAGAGGCCACUGCAAAUGAGCGCCCACUUGGCGAUGAUUGACUCUCUGAUGAUGGCGUACACUAUGGAGGUGGUGAGUGCGGAGAAAGUGAUGGACAGCAUUCGCCACCUUUCAUCCUCGGACCCUGAAGAAGAGACCCCGUACGACACAGAGGAUGCUGUUAACACCUGGAUCAAUAAGGUGAACGAGUGUCUGAAGGACGUUGUAGCUCAGGAUCAGAGAAAGAAAGAGGCUCAGAAUGCAGACCCUGCUGGAAGUCCCAGGUCUCCGACCAAGUGGUACAUGAAGCUUGUCCCUGCUCGCUACAGGAAGGAGCAGAGCACGACCCAGUUGGCUCCAUGGAUCCCUCCAGUGGACAACUUGCUGAAGGAUACCACAGAUGGAUCUGCUCUGGGUGCUCUGCUGCACUUCUAUUGCCCUCAGCUGCUGUCGAUGGAUGAUGUGUGUCUGAAGGAGAGCAUGACCCUGGCUGAUCGUCUCUACAACCUCCAGCUCAUCCAGGACUUCUGCAAAGACAACCUCAACAACUGCUGCCACUUCAGCCUGGAGGACAUGCUUUAUGCAUCGUCCACUAUAAAGAACAACUACCUUGCGUUCAUGGCAGAGCUGUUUUGGUGGUUUGAAGGAGUGAAGCCGUCUUUUGUGAACCCAAGAAGCUUGGACGUUGAGGGAACAGAGCCCUCACCUGUGUUGAAGAACAUGCCUGUCAUCGCAAUUUCCAAAGCAACUAAACGGAGCUUCUCGGAACGACCUCCCAGUCCUGAAAGGCCCAGCUUACCACUGAGACCUCAGCCUCGAAACUCAGGAGAGAUCAAGAGGUCAACAUCCAUGUCCUUUGUUGAUGGUAAUCUGGGUACCUGGCCCAAAGAGAAACGGUCUGGACCAUACGGAGUGUCCUUUGAUAUUCCCUUUGACAAAGAGGAUGCCGCCCCUGCCCACCACUUCUCCACACGUGGUAUGGUCAAGUCCGUCAGCACGGACGAUGGUUCCGGUUUCAAAGUCCACCACCUGCCGCGUGGAAUGAAGCGCAAUCUGUCCUUCCAGCCAGUCAACGGCAAAAGUGUCGGCAUCGAUGAGGAGGGUUGUCCAGACAGCCUGGCUGGUCUGGAGCCAGACAGGAGAGCUUUCCCUAAUGGACAUGGAAACCUUACAUCCAGAACCCCAUCCAUGGAAGAGGCACUUCAGAUCAUCCAUAGUCCGAGCCGCCCCCCAGUGGAAGGGAUCAACAAUGGUUUCUACCUUCACACUCAAAGUCCUGGAGCAGCUGCACUUGAUACAGUGUCAGAGUCUGGCGCUAUGAGCGCCACCGACACCACUGAAAUGGACACUGGCAUUCACAUCCACACUGAUGACCUGCUGGAUGAGGAUUCCUCUCUGAGGGACUCGGUUAACAUGGACCUGGACAUGGACACUCCAAGUCCAUGUCCAAGCAGUCAGGGUAAAUCCCCCUCUGCUGUUAAGAUGACCAGUUUUGCCGAACAGAAGAUGAGGAAGCUGACUCCGACAGCACCAGAUUCUGGGCGGGGCAGCUCCCUAAAGACCACUCCCGACGGUUCUGAGUUUGGACUUCCCCUUUCUGUUUCCUGGGCCCCAACUCCUGAGCAUAGUCCAGUACAUCAACAAGAAAAGCCUGCUCCGAAGGUCUCGCCGGCUCCAGUCCAACUUCCCAAAGACGACCCAGCUCAAGCGAUGGCGACAGAGAUGGUUCACCUGAGGAUGAGGCUGGAGGAGAAACGAAAAGCCAUCGAAGCACAAAAGAAGAAGGUGGAGGCCGCGUUCACGAGGCACCGGCAGAAGAUGGGCCACUCUGCGUUUCUUAACGUAGUGAAGAGGAAAGGUGAUGGAGCGGCCAGUGGAGCUGAGGAAGGGGAGAAAACACUCGGUGAUGGCAGGGCGGCCAGCACGAGCCCCACCUUUAAGUUUGGAAGAAAAGCAGACACGCCUGAUGGGGCAGAGCAAAGCACUACUAGUUCUUGUUGGCAGAAAUCCUCCUGUGGAGGAGAAGAUGGUGGACAUGUCCACACGCAGAUGACAGAGUUGGAUCUCGCGGAAUAUACGCGCUCUAUUGAGAAACUCAACCACUCGCUAGCUUUUCUCCAGUCAGAGAUGCAGCGACUCUCCCAGCAGCAGGAGGUGAUCAUGGCCAUGAGGGGGCAGCAGCAGGCGUGGGUGGUGCCUUCUUCACAUAGAAACCCAUCACCUCAGAAGUACAACCGCUCCGCUACAAUCUCCAGAUCAUCUGGACCAUCUUCACCUGCCGACUCGCCCCGUUCGACACAUCGCUCGCCGACCAGCAUUAAACGAAAAUCCGCCUCAUUCCAUUCACGCAACCCACGUGCCGUGCGGCCCAACGAGCUCAAGCUGGCACCCUAUAACCGAGUCCUCACUGCCCCACAGUCCGUGGACAGCAUCCCCCGACUGCGUCGUUUUUCACCCUGUCAGCCUCUGGCUAGUUCUUUUGUUUACAUGGGAGAAAAACCAGCCAACCCUGAGUCUGCAGCAUCUGACGGGGAUAUGAACAAAGAGUCAGACCUCCACUUUCCGCCUGAAGGGGAGCUCAGCAGAGUCGCUGACUCUCCUCCCAGCUCCCCAAAGUUUCAGGAGAAGGGUGACAAACAGGGCCAUGAGGAGAUUCGUGUCGUGGAGACUACUGAAAAUCUGGGGGAUGAACACAAACCUACUGAGGCAACGUUCCCUGAAGUACUGUCUCACCCCGUCAUAGAAACCUUCACACUCACCCCCUCAGAGAUCCCGACCCAGCCUGAAGCUCCAGUCAAGAGCAAUUUAAUUGAGGUUCCUUUGUCUGUUGUGAAGCCUCUGGAAGACCUGACACUCGAGGAUGCUUUGGACCCGGAAGUGGGAACCAUGGAAGAUCCGGACGAGGAACAGAAGAUGUGUCGGGGAUUUUUCUUCAAGGAGAACAGCAAAGCAGAGGAGAACAUGGCACAGAAGCGAGCAGCCCUGCUGGAGAAAAGGUUGAGGAGAGAGAAAGAAAGCCAGCAGAGGAAGCUACAGCAGGAAGCAGAGCUUGAGCAGAAGAAGGAGGAGGCUCGGCUGAAGGCAGAAGAAGAGCGCAUCAGGAAGGAGGAGGACAAGGCCAGGAAGGAGUUCAUCAAGCAGGAGUAUCUCAGGAGGAAGCAGCUGAAGCUGAUGGAGGACAUGGACACCGUCAUCAAGCCCAAGCAGAGACGUGGCAGACCCAAGUCCAUGCACCGUGACAGCAUGGAUUCACCCAAAACACCAGUGAGAGCAGCCACAGGUUCACGCCGUGUCUUUUCAGUCUCCAGCUUGUCCCUGGCAUCCCUCAACCUCGGAGACAGCGACAGUGUUCACUCGGACAAAAGAGCACCAAGAAGUGCUAGUUUAACCUCUGGCAGCCUCCUCUGCCUCCUGACUUCCCCUAAACUGAGACGGAGAAGGCCCGAUUCUGCCGACGGCUUCCUCUCACCGAGUCGCUCCAGCAGUAAAAACGGAGAGAAGGAUUGGGAAAACGGAUCGACAACCUCCUCGGUGACGUCCAACACGGAAUACACCGGGCCACGGUUGUACAAGGAGCCCAGCGCCAAAUCCAACAAGCACAUCAUCCAGAACGCCCUGGCCCACUGCUGCCUGGCUGGGAAGGUUAAUGAAGGUCAAAAGAACAAGAUCCUGGAGGAAAUGGAGAAAUCCGAAGCCAACAACUUCUUGGUUCUCUUCCGUGACGCCGGCUGCCAGUUCCGCUCCCUUUACACCUACUACCCCGACACGGAGGAGAUCAACAAGCUGGCCGGGGUGGGCCCCAAAAGCAUCACUCGCAAGAUGAUCGACGGCCUCUACAAGUACAACUCGGAUAGGAAGCAGUUCAGCCAGAUCCCAGCCAAGACCAUGUCGGCCAGCGUGGACGCUGUCACCAUCCACGGACACCUCUGGCAAACCAAGAAGCCUGCUACGCCGAAAAAAGUAGUGCCUGUGCAGCCAUAAAAGAACUUGAUUCGAGUCAACUUGCACUUCACUGUAAAUACAAAUGAGGAUUCCAACACCUGCAUCGUGAUUAGUUCAUUGCAUUUUUAUUUAUUUUUAUUGUUCAUAUGGGGGGAGUUAUCAACUGGAAUGUAUCGCCAAUUAAAAAAAAAAAAAGUUUGUUUAUUGGGGUUUUUAAGGCCAGCCGUGUUUGAGCCAGUUUACAGGGCACGUGUAGAACGUCUCAUAGAAAUGGACCGAAUGAAUGAAAGGACACACUUGUGGGUACACUGAAGCACUGAAUGUUCAUAAUCCAUGUACAGAUUUUACGUUGUUUAUGUGAGGCCUUAUGUUUUAGCGAGCGAGUGAUGAUUGUAAAAGUGUUGGUGAGGCUUUUUAAAAAAAAACGUUUUUCUUUGGAUGAAAUUGUUUGUAGUGGUGUGUGAAAACUACAAAGGGCCAAAAGACAAAUGCAUACAGCUAGUGUUCGCCACACAGGACGUGUGAUCAACAAAGCCGAACGGUUUCAGCUUUUUCAAGGACUCCUUUUUAUGUCAAAGCUAUUUCCUUACUUUUGUAAAUUGGCCAGUGUUUCCUCUCUUACAUGUUGCAUUGUUUUGCUGUGGAGUCCAAUUUCUUGCCCCAAAUGUGUAUUUCAGGUCCAUAAUAUUAGGGUUGGAAUACAUGCCUACAUACACCUAAAACAACUCAAGGAGCCUGAAAAUACCAACACGGUGCUAAAGGCAGCAUAAUAAAACAGUAAUAAACACUAGACAGCAAAUGGAAGACAUCAAGUGACUUGUAUUAAAUGUUGAAUCCUAUGUUUCAGAACUUCUUCCCUUGAAGUUUCUUCAAAUCCAUCUUUCUGUUUCCAAUUUUCAAAUAAAUGUAGAGAGAUAUUGUAGUUAGUGACUGUCUUUUGAGGCUUCACGAAUCUGUGUCAGGCGCUCUCUGCGCUAAAUUAUUUGGAUUUAAAUAACUAUUUCAAGUACACCUCGCAUCAUUUUUAAACUGAGGGCGCCACCUACCGCGCUCUGCAAAUGAAGACACUGUUUGAUGAAGCCUCAUCAACUCUUCUGUCACUUUAAAUAAUAAUUAUUUUUGUUCAGUUUCUGUAUGUUUCUAGCAGGGCAGAUUGGACUCUGCUUUGCUGCAUACGGGUAGAGAGGACAUUAAUACCCUGGCCACAUUUGCAGUGUAGCUUGAGUACCUUUGCGUGCAUGUGUCAUAUUAUCGCGACCUGAUGUUCCUGAACAUGACCUUUUGAACUUUCCGCUUUAACUUGAAGUAAUGACUGUAGGAAUACUGUACAGCGUGUUCGUGUGAGCUCAUGGUUAUUCACUAAGAUGUUGCUGAGACGCUGUGCUGUCACACAACAUGAUGCUUGGACGCGGUCUUUUAUUUUGGUUCAUGCAUCAAAUAAAAGUCAGCAUGGCCUCAGCAUAUCACGGUGGUUUUCAUUGUGCUGGAACAAGUCUUGUUUUCAGGGCUCAGUCGGUGGCACUUCUGCUUUGGAAACGAUGUGAGGUUUCAUUAAAUGUUGUUGAAGAGAUUUCAAUGCUGGUGGGCGCCUGAAACGAUUCAAAUUCAAACCUGGCGACCCACCGCACUGAAUCACAGUCGCAAUAUUGUCAAAAUAAAAGGCAACUCCCCAAAU